UGAGCCUGGGACCCCAGCACCAGCACACUUGCUUAGAAUGUGAUCAACAGAGCAGCACUGAGUUGUGCCGAGUGGCUUACAGAAAUCACCAAGAUCUUACAACAAUGGACACUUGGACAGAAGGUUUGGCAGGAUCAGAUGUGGACACUGAGAUGACAGCACUGACACAAGAAGAUAUUACUGAACAAAAUCUCGAUGCCAGUGAUGAAGUGGAGCACCUUCGAAACAGUUUACGGGAGGCCGUCCACGAUGACAGUGUUCGGCCUAAGAUGCAGUGCCUGAUGAUGGACUCUUCCUUCUCCAUGGUGACUAUGCAAGGCGAGGACAGUGGGAUAGCGUGGGAGACGACCCCGAGUCGCUGCACCACACCUUGGGCAUCCGAGGCUGGAAACCCCACUAUGGAUCUCAGCUCUCUGAUUGCGGUGCGGCCCGCAACACCUGGGUCUGUUCCUGCAGGAAAGAUUAUCUUUGUCAUGGAUGAGGGGGCGAUCUCAAGACGGAAGAAAACUAAAGAGAGGGUGAGCAGUCAGAGGAGCAAAGCAGACAGACAACGAGAAGUCCUGACACAGAGUUCAGAGAACAUCCAUGGAAGGCCGGAGUUAAUAGGAUUCUCACAGCCAAAUGUGAAAACCGAAGAAGGAGAUGAAGAAGAGCUAAGUGAUCCUCUGGUAGAUAAAGACCAAAGGCUGUUCAGCUUAGUGUCUGAGGGCUCUGAAAUCCUCAACAUUGUUGUACCUCCAAAAGUGGCUACUGUGGAUGAAGAGGAGAGCAAAGAAAUGGUGGACAAUCUGUCUUAUCUGGAGGACAGCCCUGUUUCUAAAGCCAAUGAAGACAUCCAUGAUUACGAGCUCAUGGUGAUCUCAGCAACAGCACCAGGUGGAGCAAGAGGUGACCAGGCCAGGCCCUCAACUUCAAACAUAAUGGAUCCACCAGGGGCUCCGGUGGCCAGACCUCUGGGCAGAGGAGCUGCUGGCAAUGUGGACUACUUUGAGCCAUUCACACUGAUUGAUGCCCAAGCUCCUGGAAGUCCUGCUGUGAUUGCACAGGGACAGAUGGAGCCAGAGGUUGGCACUGAGAGCCAGGACACUGAUAAACCUGUGCAGCCCAAAGACAAUACCACCACAACAACAAGAGUGGAUAAUGACAAGUCAGACACAGUCAGCCUGGAGGAAAUCACCAGUGAGCUUCUAGAUGAAGUCUUCUACGGUGGGGCAGACAACUACCCGAAAAAUCUGGACAGAGAAGCCGGAGUGGCUGAAAGUGCACACUGUAGGCUACCUUCAAAACCGAGUGGUUCGACUUUGUUUGGAAGCCAAGAGGACAUUCUGACACCAAUCUUUCUACCAGAAGGACCUCCAAAAAUCAUUGACCCCAUUUUGCUGGAGGAGCCCAAAGCCAUGGCCUUCCUUUACACUGACCUAUAUGAGGAAGCAAUUGGCAGUCGGAAAAAAGAAGAGGAUACGGAAAGUAUGACCUCUGAGAAGUCCUUCCAUAGCAGGCAUUCAGACAGAGAGGCCAGAGGUUAUUUAGAGAAAUAUGUCCUUAUAGAUGAGACUCCUUCGAUAGAAGUGGAACCCUCUGAUAAAGGAAAAUGCCCACAGGAAGGUCCUCGGGUAUUGUCCCAAGACUUGUAUGAUUUUGGUGAUUUGCUGUCUAAGCAUGAAAAAGGUGAGAUGCCAAAUUCAGAGGAGGAAAUCACAGACUUUUUCAGGUCCAGUGAUAAUUCUUCUCCAUGUGAUAUUGAGCCCUUCGCUCGAUCACUUGAAGAGGAUGACGCCCAAUCAGCAUCAAAGAGUAAAGUCAAGAGAAAGAAAAAUGUGGCCAUCAGGGAAGAAAAAGUCACUGAAAUCCCAACAGAUCCACUCAGUAUCUCGAGCUUUGAGUUUCUCUCAGAGGAACCUGAGUGGGGAAGUACAGAUGAUCAUCCCAUAGCCCUGGACAAGAGCCAUGAGCACACAGGUCAGGAAUUGUGGAAACAAGAUCCGGAAGUGCAAAGGCCAGUUGCUCCUCCCAGGAAAAAGGCAAAAUCCCCUCCUAAGGCAUGUCUGGACUUAACACCUUUGACUCCAGUUGAAGUUAUUAUGCAGGAAAAAGAAGAGGCAGGUGGAAAGGAACAGAGGGAGGAGGAGAAAGAGACGGCAUCACCAGCAGAGACUGCUGACGAGGGAUUUGGCGACCUAGCUGCCCUCCCGGUUGAGGUUGACGAGAGAAGACCGACGUGUUUACGGUGCCGUCGCCCUCAGAAGGUGUGUCUCUGUCCCUUUCUUCCACCACAACCCCUGGAGGUCUCCACAUGUCUGUACAUAGUGCAGCAUCCCGCAGAGGAGAGCAGAGUACUCCGCACAGUUCCUCUACUUGCUGCUUGCUUGCCACAAGGAAAAUGCAAUGUCAUAGUUGGACGGAGGUUCAAUGAGGAAAAGCACCCAGAGCUGGCUGCAGUGUGUCGGGACAGCAGAACAUUAAUCCUGUACCCAGGCCCCAAAUCGCAGAACCUGGAGGAGUUAGUGCAAUACCAGGAAGUUGGCACUGUGGAACAUAAUGUGAUCAUCAUAGACGGCACCUGGAGUCAAGCCAAAAACAUGUUCCUCAAAAACAGCCUUUUACACCUGCCCAAACAGGUGCAGCUAAACAGGAGUCUGUCCAGUCAGUACGUCAUCCGCACUCAACCCUCCAACAUCUGUCUGUCCACCCUGGAAUGUGCUGCUGUUGCCCUGUCCAUCCUGGAGCAGAAUGACCACAUCCAAGAGGUUCUGCUGAGGCCCCUGAGAGCCUUGUGCUCCUUCCAGCUGCAGCACGGCGCUCAGAUUCAUCACAGCAAGGAGCAUCUACUGAAGAAUGGCAUGUAUGACAAACCCAUGCCCAAGAACAAACGCAAGAUAAAGAGGAUGGAGAAGCUUGUCUCUGACCACAAUAUUUGCCCAAGAUGAGGGUGAAGUGACUGAGCAGAGAAAUGGGGUUUGACUCAUCUUUGUAUACACAGCUGCUGUGCUGCACAGGACUGUAUCAUCAGAACAGCAUGUAGCACCAUGAGGCUGCAGGCAUGAAAACCACUGGACUUGUUGGGAGUUUUCUUUCUAUUUUUAGAUAACUGAUAAAUCUUAUGUAUUUAAUUAAUGACAAGUUAAAGCUGUCAUUAAAGUGUCCUGGUGUGACAAUAGAACAGAUUUCUUUGUUUGUUUUACAAAAAAAAAAAGUUUACAUUGUUCCUCCCUGCACUUUAUAAACACUAUGAUGUGACUGUUGUGUUUGACUCAAUAUGGCUUCAUCUGAUCACAUUUGGAAGGGCUGAUUCCAUUUCUGUUUUGUUAAAUAAAUAAGAACAAAAACUUCAUUCAUGUGUGUUUCAAAAAUAAAAAUACCUUGCAAUACAGAAGGAAAAAGAGUUGCAUUGUAAUUCAGAAUUGUACUGAAUGUGAAGUCUGUGUUGUUAAUGAGGUGCAAAUGAGCUGUUUUUAAAUACUGACAGGGAUUUUUUUUGUUAAAGUAACUCUGUCUGCAUAAGGUCCUAUGCCAUAAAUAAAGGCUCAAUAAAAUAUACUUGUAUACUAAAU